AUGGCGGCCUCUUCUUCUUCAUCAUCGUCAUUCCUAACUUCCACCUUCUUCCCUCGCUCUCCAACCACCUCCUUCCUCCUCCAACCGCGCUCCCUUCCUUCCCUUCUUCCUCUUUCCAAAUCGUCUUCUCUCCGUGGCGACCGGACGAGCUUCUCCGCUCCUCCUCGCGCCGUCCUUUCUUUCCUCCGCCGGACUUCCGUCAGCACUCUUCCUUCUCCCUCCGCAAUUGAUCCUUCGCGGAAAUGCGCCGACGACACGACAGACUCGUCGUCUUCUUUUCUCGAUGCGAUUCUUGUAGUGUGCGCCUCCGUGGCGCUGUCGUUGUCGCUGUUCCUGGCCGAUGUCGACUCCGCCGCUGCGUUCGUCGUCACCACUCCCCGGAAGUUGCAGGCGGAUGAGCUCGCUACUGUUCGCCUCUUCCAGGAGAACACUCCUUCCGUUGUCUACAUCACCAAUUUGGCUGUCAAGCAAGAUGCUUUCACUCUGGACGUAUUGGAGGUGCCGCAGGGAUCAGGAUCGGGGUUCGUUUGGGACAAAAAUGGUCACAUUGUCACCAAUUAUCACGUCAUUCGCGGCGCUUCCGAUCUCAAGUCAGUUCCUUCGACUCCUUCCCUAAUCCUCCUGAGUCCUGUCUCCUUGCUCGACAUUUCAGAUUCUUUAGCUAGUUUAGGAGCUUCAUUGCUGCUUCUUUCUGUACUAGUGACUCUAGCUGACCAGACAUCUUAUGAUGCAAAGGUCGUUGGAUUUGAUCAAGAUAAGGAUGUUGCGGUGUUGAGUGUCGAAGCGCCGCUUGACAAAUUGAGACCCAUUCCUGUUGGUGUUUCUGCUGACUUACUUGUUGGUCAGAAGGUCUAUGCUAUUGGUAACCCUGUGAGUAUGAUCAACUAGAAUGUGAACUAUGACAUAUUUAAGACAUUCACCAUAAAAAUCUGGAAUGAGUUUAUGUUUAAUUUCAUGGAUAUUGUAUGCACUGUAUCAACAAAGUCGGAUGCUUUCGAGCAUUUACCUUUUUGUUAUGUGGCUUGAAGAUCAAGGCUUGAGAUAUAAUUUAAAUGCAACUUCUAAUUCUUCUUUGUUUCCAAGCUUCUCUAGUAUUGUAUGGCUGACCAAUAUUCAAAUGAUGAUUCUAUUCUGCAGUUUGGGCUUGACCAUACUCUGACUACCGGUGUCAUCAGUGGACUCCGUAGAGAAAUAAGCUCUGCUGCUACAGGCCGUCCAAUUCAGGAUGUUAUCCAGACAGAUGCAGCCAUUAAUCCAGGGAAUAGUGGAGGCCCGCUUCUCGAUAGUGCAGGAAACUUGAUUGGGAUAAACACAGCCAUCUAUUCACCAUCCGGCGCAUCCUCUGGUGUCGGGUUUUCAAUUCCAGUUGACACUGUGAAUGGCAUAGUUGAUCAGAUAGUAAAGUUCGGCAAAGUCACCAGACCGAUAUUAGGAAUUAAGUUUGCACCUGAUCAGUCAGUGGAACAGUUGGGCGUUAGUGGGGUGCUUGUCUUAGAUGCUCCUGCAAGUGGCCCAGCAGGCAAAGCUGGCCUGCUACCAACUAAACGUGAUGCAUACGGUAGACUCAUAUUGGGCGACAUCAUAACAUCCCUGAACGGGAAGAAGGUCGCGAAUGGAAGUGAUUUGUACAGAAUUCUUGAUCAAUGUAAAGUGGGCGAGACGGUGACGAUAGAGGUGCUCCGUGGGGAUCACAAGGAGAAGAUACCCGUAAUUCUUGAACCAAAGCCGGACGAGUCGUAGAUGGGUUUGGCUGAAAGCGGUCAGUUCUUCAGCUCUCUGGUUGUUUAGGCUAUAGACAGCCCUUCUGCCAUGCAAUGCAAUUGUUUCACUGAAUUUGAGCUGGAGGGGCUUUGUUGUUGUACAUAUUCUGUAUCCGUCACUGGCUUAACUAUCAAGUAUCAAUUUCUGCCUACAAUUAUUACAGUGAUGCUAACUUCAAUACAGUCUCGAGCUUGCCUUUUCAGAAAUUCCAUAAUUGGGAUUUGGAAUGCUUGCUCUUGACUUGUGGUAUCGUCGUGAGAAUACUGUUCAUAUCGGUCAUGAAUAAACAAACCGGGCUAUAUCUGUGUUCGUGAUUGAGUUUUGGAUUCGAGAUGCGUACAGUGAGAGUUCCCUUGACAUUUGGACAUGAGAUUUGAGAUGCUUUCAAUGGUUAGAGUUGUUGAAUCUGGUUGUCGUGUGCCC